AUGCCGCCUGUAAUUACUGAAUAUUUUGUUUUGGUUGAAAAUAAUAUUGAAAAUCCAAAAAGUAGUGCUCUACCUCCGUCUCCAUCUCCAUCUACUACUAUCGAUAAACCAAAACAAACCACCAAAUCUGCUGACGUUAAUCAAAGUCCACCAGCAACUGAUCCUCCAGGACAAAGUAAAAACUCACCAGAUAGUGCGUCGCCACUACCGCCACAGCCACAGCCACCACCAUCAACUACCACACCAAAUCAACCACAAACACCAUCAACUACCACACCAAAUCAACCACAAACACCAUCACCUACCACACCAGGUCAACCACAAACACCAUCACCUACUACGUCAGGUCAACCACCACAACAAUCACCUACCGCGCCAGAUCAACCACAAACACCAUCACCUACCGCACCAGAUCAACCACAAAUACCAUCACCUGCCACAUCAAAUCAACCGCAACCACAGCCACAGCCAACAAAUACAGCUGUCAAUCCGCCAGCCACUACUCCAGUAUCACCAUCACCUAACACACCACCAAAUACACCUUUUGUAAUGUACAAAAAAAAUCAAUAUGUACUCUUAUUGAUUUGCAUUCCUUUAAUAUUGAUUGUUUUCUUUGGUAGUCCUUGCACAUCCUCCCCAGACACCAAAGAAAAUGAACAAGCCUCUUGUAACGCUCUUUUAAACAAUCCAAAAACCAACAACAUUCCCAACAUCAACAACAAUGGAACACUCGAGGAAGAAAAAAGUCAUCACGAUCAAAAACAAGGGCAAGAGGUGUUAAACAAUGUUGAGAUAUUGGUUAAACCUUUUGUUCUAGCAUUUCAAUUAUUAUGUCGUAAAAUGGAAGAUGAAGCAACCGCAACAACGUCAAGAAUACAAGAAGAAGAGAAUAAAAAGAAAUACGAGAAAUUGAGAAGACGCAUUGCAGCAUUGGCAGAGUUGAAAGCAAAAAAUGGUGGUAGAUUGCCCGAUGAAUUUAUUGCAAAGUAUCGUAAAGCUACUUCAGGAUAUAGCAGUGGUGCUGCUCAAACAUUAAUACUUCCAAUGUUAGCACCUCAAACAACAUCUCCAAUACCAUCGUCAUCGACAACAGAUUCUGAAAUCCUUGAAUUGGUAGAAAUAUUAUUAAAACGUGGUGCGUCGCCAAAUGAUCCAAACAGUUAUCCGUUAACAAAAUCUUGUCAGAUAAAUAAUCUAGACAUGGUAAAAUUAUUGUUAAAAUAUAAGGCUGACCCAACUAUUAUAUCUUUACAAAUUGCUAUAAAAUAUAACAAUGAACCAUUGAUUAAUUUGUUGAUUGAAUCGGGGAUAAAAAUUGAUAAUAAAUUGAUAACUUUUGCCGAGUCUAAAGCUUCUGUUUUCCCGCAAACAAUUGAAUUAUUAAAAACUUUACAACUUAAACAACUUAAAAAUUAA